UUCGAGUUUUCAACUUACUCAGGGCUGUUAAGUGAACCAGAACAUCUUCAAAAGUGCCAAAUAUUAUCCCAUUCAUAAAUUUACAAGAAAAUACAUCCUCCAGUCAAUAAGGUGGUUUGGCAAUAUAAAAGUUCAUAAAUUUAAUCAUCAUAUUCAUAGAUAUGAUUAGACUUAAACUCUUAUGGAUAUAAAACGCUGCUGUUGAUGAUUUAUAGAAUCAGGUUAUUACAUGAGUUGUUGUAGAUAUGGUGCCUUUACUAAAAGACUCAUAAGUAUUAAUUAAGAGUUGGGUUUUCUCUCACAGGCAUAUCUUUCUCUACAACAGAGGAGACAUUGGGUAAAGUGUUUUCAAGAUUUGGUGAAGUAAUUGAAAGUAUGUACUUGUCACAAUCCUAAUGCUAUUAACAUCCCCAUAUUAGUCAAAUGAUCCUCCUCAAUAUUGGUUGUUCUGCUUCUUUUACAGUUAAUAUUAUUAUCGAUAAAACUCGAAACAGAUCCAAAGGAUAUGGAUAUGUGACCUUUGCUGAAGAAGAUGAUGCUGAAAAGGCAUUGAUUAGCACAAAUGGGAAGGUGAUCGAUGGGCGAGCUGUUUACGUGGACAAGGUACGGAAGCCAUGGCCAACACCAACAGCAAGAGAACCAUCUCAGCCACCAGAAACCACUCCUAGUCCUAGGUACGGAAUGUAUUCCGUGAUACAUUAGAUGGGUCUCAGUGUACAUUAAAUGAGUGUCAGGUACGUUUCUACUUUUUAAUCCUAAUUACUUUCAAUUAGGGGGCCAUUUCAAUAAAUUUUAACCCAAAACCAUUCUUCAUAUUCAUUUCUUAGUAGUACAAAUUGAUUGUGACUAGUGGCAAAAAAAAUUUCGAGAUUGGUCCGGGCCACAUUUCACAAAGGG